UCCCAGGACAGACUUCCUGAAGCCAAGACUCACCAUCCCCCUUGACCUGCCCCAAGGAACAUGGCCCCUCCUUAAAAGCCCAUGAUCUCCACCCUUUCUUCCUUGGCAGUCCUCAUUGUCCCAAUAAUUGGAUCUUUGUGUGGUGAGCAAUGGUCCCAAGGCCAAAAUCACCUUGCUGUUUCAAUAACAAUUUUCGUUCCUUACCAGGGAAGAGGUUGCUCCUGGUUCAGAAGCUGUGGAGUGGGAAGAGACCAAAAGCCUCCCUUAGCAGCUGCCUGGCCAUAUGUACCAGAGGGUGGCUUUGGACUCUCCUGUCAGCUGGGCCUCCAAUGCAUUCAUCAGUGCCUCCUGAUUGCCUCAGAAGAAAGUACCUCUGCAUUUUGACAGUUGCAUCUGGAUGGCCAGCUCAGGGGCAUCUGCCGGCCACUUUGGACAGCUCCAGCUUUGCCUUGUGCCAGGUAAACACCACUGCUGCUCUCUGCACAGAGGAGCUGGGUAAGAAAAGUAAGUCGUUGGGUAUAUUCACUGGACUCAUAUGAUGACAACAUAACCUUUAAGACACCCUACAAACCCUAAGGCAAACACAGACAUGUUUCAGCAUGGCCAGAAUUAUUAAAUUCUUUCAGCCUGGUCCACCGGGGAUGGCUAGGACUGCUGUUCUGACACAAGAGAAACUAAUCACAGCUAACUUCCUCCACUUCAGUGGACUGUUUUAUUCAUGAAAUCGGUGGAUAAUAUUAUUAAAUUACUCACAGACACAUGAAGAUCUUCAACACCCCCAGCAACUCCAGCACCAUCUCUGGCUUCCUCCUCCUGGGCUUCCCUUGUCCCAGGGAGGGGCAGAUCCUCCUCUUUGUGCUCUUCUCUGCUGUCUACCUCCUGACCCUCAUGGGCAAUGGUUCCAUCAUCUGUGCUGUGCGCUGGGAUCAGAGACUCCACACCCCCAUGUACAUCCUGCUCGCCAACUUCUCCUUCCAGGAGAUCUGGUACGUCACCUCCACGGUCCCCAACAUGCUGGCAAACUUCCUCUCUGACAACAAGGUCAUCUCCUUCGCAGGGUGCUUUCUCCAGUUCUACUUCUUCUUCUCCCUGGGUUGUACGGAAUCCUUUUUCCUGGCGGUUAUGGCGUUUGAUCGAUACCUUGCCAUCUGCCGACCUCUACACUAUCCCACCAUUAUGACCAGACGUCUCUGCACCAAUCUUGUGAUCAAUUGCUGGGUACUUGGUUUCCUCUGGUUCUUAAUCCCCAUCAUCAUCAUCUCCCAAAUGACCUUCUGUGGAUCCAGGAUUAUUGACCACUUCCUGUGUGACCCAGGUCCUCUUCUAGCACUCACUUGCAAAAAAUCUCCUGUCACAGAGCUUGUCUUCUCCACCUUAUGUCCUGUGCCUGUAAUGAUUCUCUUUCUCUUUAUCAUGGGGUCCUAUGCUCUUGUCCUGAGAGCUGUGUUGAGGGUUCCUUCAGCUGCUGGGAGAAGAAAGGCUUUCUCCACCUGUGGGUCUCACCUGGCUGUGGUGUCUCUGUUCUAUGGCUCAGUACUGGUCAUGUAUGGGAGCCCAGCAUCUGAGCAUAAAGCUGCAAUGCAGAAGAUUGUGACUCUGUUUUAUUCUGUUGUGACCCCACUCCUAAACCCUGUGAUAUAUAGUCUUAGGAACAAAGAUAUGAAAAAAGCCAUGCAGAAAAUUCUGGGAAUAUAAAAUAUUAAUGAAAAAGGCAGA